UUUCAGCCAUUCUUCUCAACGAUACCCAAAUAUGUCUAACGGCAACUGCCCAGUCGGGCCAACAGUCUUCCUCCUCAUCGAAAGCCGGGCCCCAACAGCGGAGAAGCCAGGAUACCAAUGUCCUCACAUUAGUCCUGACGUUAAUUGGAUCUCCCAAUGUGCUCGUUCAUUAGCAGCCUACCUGGUCGGAAAUCCACACAUCCAAGAGUCGCAUUAUCAUCGUCCAUCAGACACAAACAUGACCUUACAGGUUAUCUAUGGACGAGGAUGGGACCCCACAGAUGGCAAGGAGAAGCAUAUCUGGGCGGAUAUCACUCUUGCCGCCGACCGCGCGCACCCGAAAACGCCAUUCUACGUAUUGUUGCAGAAGUGGGUUAUUUUGAGCCCAGAGAAUGGACCUUUUGUGAAUGAGCCCGAAGUCACUCUCAUCGAUGUCUCUCGGAAGAAGGAAGAUGUACAGCAAACCUUUGGGCGACUCGUGCAUGACCUAGGGGAUGGAGCCGAAGUGUCUGAAAUUUCGCCUAGGUUGCAUAUGGCAACGCUAAUGGUGAGGAGGGGCAGUCGACAUGACAUACAGCACAGGUGGUGGGAAAUUGUGGAGGCUAAGGUGGAUUUGCCUACUCAGGAGGAUGGUUUCAUUCCGGGUUUGACAGGAUAUGAGGAUUAUGCGAUGGUUUGAAGGGGGGGGGGUGGAGUAUUCUUGCUUGGCACGAUCUUG